AGCACCAGCAACUAGCAAGGAAAGGAGGUUCACCACAUUUCAAUACAUCGCCAAACGCCGGAGUAGAGACACGCACGUUUUCUUCCGUUACCGUCAAACAUUUGUUCGGGUUGUGUAUUUCUUUUACAAUUUCGGUGGGAUUCACAAGGAGAAUCCGAAACAAAAGGAUUGUGUAUUCUGGUGACCAUAUUUGAAAGUGAUUAAGAAGUGAUAUUUGUGGCCAAGAGUGAGGAGAUUACAGUGGUUCACAUCGUACAGUCAAAGUGACCCAGAUAACUGCCACUCCGAUUGGCACAACCUAACAAAAAGGAUAGUGGUCCAGCAUGACCACGCUCAUCCCAACGUCUCAGCCCACCGGGGUUGAGGCGUACGAGGACAUGUUUAAAGAGAUCACCCGGAAGCUGUACGGGGAGGAAUCCGCCCAUGGCCUAUACCCGCACAACACUCAGGUGGCCCAAGUGGCACAGCUGGCAACCGGUGCACCGGCUGCUCCCGAAGGGGGUGAGCGUUCCUUCACCACUCUGGUGUCCGAUCGGAGCCUUACUCAAAUCGAUUACGAAACCACCACGGUGAACGAUCAGCAGCAAAAUGCAAACCAGCAGCAUCAGCAGCAAGCACAACAACAGCAACAGCCGCUCAACAGUUUCAAAUCGGAGGAUCAUCUGACGACGGCCUUCGGACUGGCCGCGCUAAUGCAGAACGGAUUUCCUCCACCAGGUGCCAUAUUGAAUCCGGUGAACUUCCCAGUUGCCGUUGCCACGAAACCAAGCACAAGUGAGUUCGAAAUAGACAUUUCCACCGCCGCGAACAACGACGAACGCUGGCAGCCAACCCAGCAGACUCAUCCCCAAGAUCAGCAGCAACAGCAGCAACAACCCAGCGAGCAGACGUGGAACACUGGUGGCAAGCAUUCCUCCAGUUCGUAUUCCCAAAAAGGAUUCAAAAAACCUAAGAUCGAACCCCAGGAAGGUUCCCCAACGACCAACGGAUGCAGCACUCUAAACAUACCCCAGACUACCGGGUCGGAUAAAAAGGGAAAUUUUGGAUCCGCUGCCGUUGGAGCUCCAACCGGUAAGCGCUACGGUUGUAGUUCAUGUCCGUACACCACGGAUCGGAGGGAUCUUUUUACGCGGCACGAAAACAUCCAUAAGGAGGAAAAGCCAUUCCACUGUUACGCCUGUCUGAAGCAGUUCAACCGAGCAGAUCACGUCAAGAAACACUUCCUGCGGAUGCAUCGAGACAUGGAAUACGAAAUCGCAAAAACUCGACGGACCGUCAGUUCCAAGAGCUACUACAACAACAAUAAUAACAACAACAACACCAACAGCGCGGCUAUUCCCGCAGCAAAUACUCAACCGGCAAUUCCCCAGACACCUCAAACCGUCCAGGCAAGCACUCUUAACAUUCCAACGGCAACCUUCCCCACCCAAAUCACCAUUCCUACGCACCAUGCCAUCAUCGAGCACAACUCCCACGCAAACAAUCAUGAUAUCGGCGGCGGCACACUGAAUGGUGCCCUCCAUCACGGGCAACAUCCGGCCCAGCAGCCACAAUCCCAAUCGUCACAACAGAUCCUCACGGCGCCACCGAUUGUUGCCAUCAAGCAGGAGAAAGGAAGCACCAUCGUUACGAACAACACCUCCGAUAGUAGCCUCACCGAUGAGAAGCCGAAUGUGAAAAAAUUGAAGGGCGAAAAACGAUUCACCUGUUGCUACUGUCCGUGGUCGGGUGCCGACAACUGGGGUCUCAAACGUCAUCUGAACACCCAUACGAAACCCUUCGUGUGUAUGCUGUGUGACUACAAGGCAGCCCGCUCGGAGCGGUUAGCUACGCAUGUGUUCAAAGUUCACAACAAAAAGGCGUGCAACAAGUGUAACUUCUUCGCCGAAGACCAAGCGCAACUGAACGCCCAUCAGCUGGAAGCCCACCCCCAUGAAACCAACAAACCCGCGAAGAGCAGCUCCGGUAGUACGAUCAACACUACCACCGGGGGCACCUCUUCCGCUGGGACGGGGAAUGUGUUGAGGAACUUGGGAAAUACAUUCGUCCCGAAUAACCUCCAUGGUAACAACACCAGUGGGAACUCGUUUGGGACGACCACCAAUACUAAUGUCUACCACACGGCAACGACUACCACCGGGAACAUAUUGACCAACAGCAACGCUUCCAAUCUGAUCGAUACGAUCAACCAGCAUCUGGCAUCUACUGGCGCUGGUUCGGGAAACGGGAUAGGUGGAGGGGUUGGACAGGUGGCCGCCCCUCAACACCACCAACACCAUCACCAGCAACAGCAGCAGCAGCAGCAACAACAGCAACAUCAACAGCAAACCCACCACUGGAUAGCGAAAGUAAACCGGAAGCGAGGAGCUGAGCUUCUUUUCAGCUAUCUGGAGGCGGACGGAAGCGACUCGGAAGACUAUGCCCGCUUACUCAACAUGCAGGCGAUUGGUCGCAACAAAGCUUCCGUGACGCAGGAUUUUCAUAAUGCGGGAGGCGGAAACCAUCAACUUGUAAGCAACAGCAGCAGUAGCAGUAAUGGCACCAUCAAUGGUAUCUCAACCACCAACAAGCUAUCACUGCUGGUGGCAGCAACAACGUCAGCAUCGUGCUCACCCUUGCCAUCAUCGCCGUCGCGCUCACCAUCAUGUUCACCGACGGCGUCACCGGCUGCUGAUUGCCCAACAAAUCAAACCGAAAAGCAAGUGAGAAGCCCCACUAAUAGCAGCAACGUCGGCAGUCAAAGUGCAUCACCGGCGGCACAAUCGGCCAGCCUGACUGAGGAGCAUCUUUCGUUGCUCCAAUUGUUGGCCACUGCCGCCGUUGCCCAGCAGCAGCAGCAUCUGCAGCAACAGAAGGCGACGUCGACAACGACGACGACGACGAGCAUCACUUCGCCUCCCGCGAACCAUCCACAGCAACUAAACCACGCCCACCAACACCACCAGAAUAGUACAAAUAACGGUCACGGUUCGAUCGGUGAUGGUCCUCACUAUCCGAACUCGGCCAUCAACGGAUCGAAACGACGUCGCAAAAGUAAUUCCCGGAAUGACAAAGAGAACCAGAUCCACCACCGCCCGGCACCGCUGGCCACCGUCGGCAAAGCCAUCGAUCUGAGCACAACCGGUGGCGGGGGCGGCGGAGGCGGUCCGGGUGAAAAUGGAAUUGAACGGAACAGCAACAGUAGCAGCAACAAUAACAAUAGUAGCGUUAACAAUAAGAAUACAAACGAAACUAUUUUUGAUAGAGUGUACAAGAAACCCUACAAUAUGUUUUUACCGAGUGCGUUCUGCAAAACAGUCAUCGAAGAGGAACGAACGGAAGGGAAGGAGAACUUCUCGCUAGCCGAAUUUCUUCGGAAUCACCAAGAAGUAUCGAUCAGUACGUUGGCCAACAACAACAAUAACAACAACAGCCACCAGGUCCACGCCACGAAGACUACCACAGCCAAUGGCAUCGAAGAGGACGUAGUCUUCGUGAAAGAAGAAAAACGGCUGGGUCGAAAACAGAACCAACCACGCAAGCUGGAUUCGGAGCAGCCGGAUUCAUCGCCCAGAAAACGACCCGACGCGUCCGAAAUCGCUGACAUCCGGGACAAGCACAUGAUUCGCCUGGUGACCCGCCGGAUGAGCUGCCGGAUAUGUCAGCACCAGCAGCGACUCGAAAAUCUGGACAACUGCCACUACCACAGCAAAACUUCGUUGAUACUGCACAACCUCUGGCGCCACCGGGCCGCGACGGCCAACCGAUGUAAGUCUUGCGGCGAACAGUUUCCCCACAGAUACAAACUGAUCCUGCACCAGAAAACGAAGCACCGUUCGCAGAAAGUUAAACUGUCACCCAAGAAGAACCAAUCGGGUGCCAAGAAAAACUCCAAAGGGUCGUCCUCGGUGAAUGGCAUUGAGAAGAAAAAACAGCAACGAAAGCAGAGGAAACGCAAACCCCGAAGUCGCUGCUUCACCAAGAGACGGAAGUAAGCGAAUGCGCAACUGUAAAAUAAUAAUUUAAAAAAACUCGAUCAUUUUUAUCGUUUACACGACAAACGGUAGCUAUUUGUAUAAUAUAACCACGAGGUUCUAACGAUAAGUCACUAAAAUAGGAACGUUUAGUACUGCAGAGAGAACAAAAAAAAAGAACGUCGAUGUUUGUGUGUGAAAUUUCGCACAAAUCCAUUUACUGAGUCUCUAACCUUGAGGAGAAGAGACGCAACUUUUCCCGCUGGAAGCUCAAAUCAAGCGAACGAACAAAACAAAAAUUUAAACAACAUUGACUCGGCUAAGCCAAGCGUGCAAUCUCUGGUCCACGAAUAAUUUUCCGAGCAGACAAAUACUUACGUACCAACGUACCAAAAUUAUUAUGCUUAUUUUUUUUUUUUGGUCUUAGUUCACUCACUCAUCCGCCCCUCGAGAAGGGAUAGUCGAGAACGAUGGAAGUUAUUUUGUUGAAAAUGAAUGAAAAAAGUCAAAAUUGCAGCGAAAGGAACUGAAAAAAAACAAUCAAUCAUUUUCAUCGGUUUUUGCCCUCCCAAGAUGUAAAUGAUAAGUGGAUGAGAAGAGGGAAAAGGAAUUAAUGUGUCAUAAAAUGAGAAUUCGAGAAAAAUACAAGAAAAAAGCGAUUAUUAUAUAUUAUUGUAACUGUAUUGAUCAAUGUGAAUUCUUAAUAAAAGUAAAAACGGGAACUGAAAACAUGUUUUCGUUUUGACUGAAAUGUA